UCCCCGCUUUGGGGCCAUCUGAUUGGCUGUCCAGCAAAUCCUGACAGUUUUUUUUUUUUCCAACACUGUGAUUUGCAUAAAAAUCCUCUCCCUGACGCAACGGUAACAAACGUUACCGGAGGCUUCCUGACAACAACUAAUAACUAACGAAAGAAGGACAGAGGAUCAUGUUUACAUCGACCCUAGCCCUUCUGGGCCUCAGUCUGGGACUUGUGGCUAAUGCUUUCCCCACACAACAGUCUGAAAACGGGAAGAACUGGGUGGUGAUUGUCGCUGGCUCCAAUGGCUGGUACAACUACCGACACCAGGCCGACGCCUGCCAUGCGUACCAGAUCGUCCACAAGAAUGGCAUUCCUGACGAGCAAAUUGUCGUGAUGAUGUAUGAUGACCUGGCGACCAAUGAGCAAAACCCCACCCCAGGGGUGGUGAUCAACCGACCCAAUGGGACAGACGUCUACAAGGGAGUCCCCAAAGACUACACUGGAGACGCUGUUACCUCUGACAACUUCCUGGCUGUGCUGAAGGGUGACUCAGCCAAUACUAAGGGGGGUUCUGGGAAAGUGCUGAAGAGCGGUCCCAACGAUCAUGUGUUUGUGUACUUCACUGAUCAUGGAGCUCCUGGGCUGCUGGCCUUCCCCAAUGACGACCUUCAUGUUGCCGACCUCAUGGAUGCCGUCAACUACAUGCAUGAGAACAAGAAAUACGGGAAGUUAGUGUUCUAUAUCGAGGCCUGUGAGUCAGGAUCAAUGAUGACCAAGCUGCCUGCUGACAUCGAUGUGUAUGCCACCACAGCAGCCAACUCUCAUGAGUCGUCCUAUGCCUGUUACUAUGACGAUAAGCGGGAGACAUACCUGGGGGACUGGUACAGCGUCAACUGGCUGGAGGACUCUGAUGUGGAGGACCUGAGCAAAGAGACCCUGAUUAAACAGUUCAAGAUCGUCAGGAGCCACACCAACACCAGCCACGUGAUGCAGUUUGGGAACAAGACUCUGGCCCAUAUGAAGGUGAUAGCCUUCCAAGGUAAUGUCAAUGCCAAGCCUGCCCCCCCAAUGACCCUGCAGCCCGUAGAGGACCCAGACCUGACCCCCAGCCCUGAUGUACCCCUGGCCAUCCUAAAGAGGAAACUGAUGAGGACCAAUGACCUCUCUGCAACCAAGAAAUACUUCAGCCAGAUUACGUCAGACCUCAAGGUGCGUGAGCUGCUGGCAGAGACCAUGCGCAGGGUGGUAGAGACGGUGACAGGAGAGGAGAUCAUGACCCAGAGGAUCCUGAGUGCCAAGCUGGAUCUGACCCAGCAUCAAUGCUACCAGGCUGCUGUUAACCACUACAAGAUACGAUGCUUCAACUGGCAUAUCACUGAGUAUGAAUAUGCGCUGCGACACCUGUAUGCCCUGGUCAACCUGUGUGAGGGAGGAUACCCAACAGACAGUAUCCUGAUGGCAAUGGAGAGCGUGUGUCACUUCAACUAGACGGCUCUUUCUGAAUGAACACCCCCUUUCGGAUCAGGUUGCUGUGCCUCCACACGGGAGGGUCUGAGACGACGAGUCUUCUCUUUGCACUGACAAGGAAUCAAGUUUGACAAAACUUUGUUUUGUUUUUUCACACUGCUAUACCACUUUUUUUUUUUUUUACAUGUUUGAUUUUAAACUUUUAUUCCCUGGAUUUAUUGAGACAUUUUAAAAAUGUUUUUUAAUUUUUUAUGAUGAAUUGUAUGAUCACUGAGCAUUUUGUUUGUUUUACGACUGAUUUUUUUAUGAAGAUUUUGAUUUUUGGAUUCAGUUUUCUGAAAUUUCAGGUGUCUGAAAUUUCGUGGGUAUUCUGUAAUUUUGCAAAACUGCCCUCCUAGUGAAGGAAAGGCACCCUGUGUGAGAUUCUAUGAGAAACGGUGACCUGCACUCUGAAUUACCUAAAAUGAUGAUGAAACCCAUAUUGGUCUUUCAGUCAGGCUAACCUAAGCGUUACUGUAGAAGUAGGCUAAUAGUAGGCCCACUAUUGAAACCGAUAAAUUAGCCUGUCAUAGACAGUAAAAAUGCAUUAAAAAUGCACUUUUUAAUAGAACAAUUUCUUUAGUUUUUCCAAGUCCAUAACAAUGCUUAAACCACAUCAAAUACUACUUUUGGGGGGGGGGGGGGAGGAGGAAUCUAAGAAAUGUAGAUUUUGAGUGUAGCUAACAUCUUUAAUGAAAGUGCUCAGGCACCUAGCACUGUUUGGUUAGUGAUGUUUCUGUAGCCACUGGAUUGAUCUCCGUCUGCCAGGGAGGCAUAGCUAGCUUAACGUUUUUAAAUUGAGACGGUUUUUGUGAACCAUGUCUUUCCAUCUACCAGGAGACUGUUGGGGGCCUGUCAUCAGCAUCGAUAUAGUUUUUUUCCCCCCCUCUUCAUUAAUUGUUUGAUACCUGGACAUUUUACUUCAUAUUAUGAGGCAUGUCUUACCUUGACUCAAACGAGCCACAAUCUCAUAGAAACAUGGAGGAAAUAAUUGGGUUCUAUUGGAUUUGCUUUGUUUGUCCAGCAGACAAGUUAUAUUAGCAACCCAUGAUACAUUUAAAAAAAAUAUAUAUAUUUUUUUUUUACAUAUUUCUGUCCCUGAAAACGUGUGCAUGUGCGGUGCGCAUUUUUAGAUUGGUGAUUUUUUUUAAACCUUCGCAUGUAGGCGUUGUGCAUGUUGACGCACCGACAAUGUGACGAAAUAAUAAAAUGAAUCGACACAUUCUGAUCGAUCAGCCUUAUUAAUUGAUACGGCGUAUACCCUCCACUACUUUGAUAAGCAUCGUGGCGAUUUUAAGAAGUGAGUAUAGGCAAUGCCCACAAAAAAUAAAAAUGGGUUUACGGUUUGGACCUGCGUAUACCCUCCACUACUGCUUGGGUGUUGGCGCUGCUGUACGCCAACAUGAGCCCGUUCUCAGAACUGUGAAUGACGGAGUAUUGUGACGUUGCCCCUAGAUGCUGAUCAUGGGUCAGUUUUGCAUUUCUCCCCCCCCCCCCCCCCCCCCCCCCCCCCCCCCCUCACACACACUAAUGUUUAGGAUUGGGAAAAGGGGAGCUGAUCCUAGAUCUGAACCUAGGGAAGAGUUCACCCCACUGGCCUGUAACAGAGUUGGUGCUUGGAGGUUGAAUCCUACAGCGUCAUAAUACUCUCACGUUAACCUCCAUGCAGACUCCUGUAAAGGCUCAGGAUACUGUGUUGUCACAGGGAUGUUAAACUAAAACCUUGAUAGUCAGAACAAACUGUAUAGGACUUGUGUUCACUAAAGCGAGCCACAAGGUGACGCUGAGGAGUGUAGCCCACCACAGCCAUGAUUUAAAAAAUAUAUAUAUGAUAACGCAUGGACUCCAGAUUUAUUAUUGCUUUUAUACAACUGGUUACCAGCCUUAAAGCAAGAUUCUUUCCCAAACCAUUUUAAUUUAACAAACCGUGAUGCUAGAUUCACUAACACUCGUUGUCAAUUGCAAUUUUAGGUGUUUGGUUGUUUAGUUCUAUUCUCAUUGAUUGGAAUUUAAGCAACCUGCAAAGUUCUAGAACUAUGGCAAACAAUGGUUGCUAUGGAUGCUCAAUCACUACAGGCUGAAAAUACUUCAAACUAGCUGCAUGUGUAUGUUGUCUAUCAUGGGCAGGCUAGACUCUCUUCACAAUAGGGAUGUCUAAACCAAUGGUUGUAUAAUAGGAAUUACCAUAGUGGCUCUUUCCAUCUAGUCUACCCCUCCUGUGUCAUAACUAGUUAAGGUUUAAUCAAGAUAUUGACAGAGUCAAAUAAUGGUUCCUCUUCUGUUGGGAGUAUUUUGUCAUAUUAGGAUUACAUUAUUAUAUUUUUUUUAAGAGUUAAAUGGUGUACCUGGUUUUGCUGAAGAAAGGUAGAGGCCAUAGACUAGAUUCUAUUUAUGUUUUCUAGCCACCGUAUAUUAUCAAAAGCAAUAGUGAUUAUCUUCAACAAAAAUUUAAGUUGCUGAAGUUUCUGCAUGACUGUCUGUAAUAAGAUGCCAAAUGGGGCAGAACACAGUUUUUAGGAGUGUAGAAGGGCGAGGUGGCCGUGCAGUGGAGGACUAAGGUUUUGAGGAGUGGACUGCAGGAGUAACAGCAAACUAGAAUGUAUGAAAUGUUCACUCUUUGGAAAUUGAAAAAUAAAACUGACCAUGUUUAUGUUCGACUCUUA